ACUUUGAUGCAGAUGGCUCAGAAAAGGAGGAGUCGGUGGGAUGAAUGUAUGCAACUGUGAUGCCUUCUUCUGAGGCUGACAACAAAAGGGUGUGAGAUUUUAAUGGGAAUCCAGGUGUCCUUUCAAUAAGUGCAUGUGGAGAUAGAGGGACUCUAUUGUACAAGUGUGCAAGGAUGUCUAAUUCCACCACCAACUUCUACGCGCUGUCUCAGUCCUUCAGCUUCUCUGACAUCAUCGUCAUAGUAACCUACUUCCUUCUCAACCUGGCCGUAGGCAUUUGGUCAUCAUGCAGGGUGAGCAGAAACACACUGAGCGGCUACUUUCUAGCGGGGCGAGACAUGGCCUGGUGGCCGAUUGGGGCUUCCCUGUUUGCCAGUUCAGAGGGCUCGGGUCUGUUUAUCGGUCUGGCCGGGACGGGAGCUGCCGGGGGCAUCGCUGUUGCAGGUUUUGAAUGGAAUGCCACUUAUGUGUUGCUGGCUCUGGCCUGGGUGUUCGUUCCUGUCUACAUCUCCUCAGGGAUCGUGACAAUGCCCGAGUACCUGGGCCGGCGUUUCGGAGGAGAGAGAAUUCGAACCUACCUGGCUGUCCUCUCACUCCUUUUGUCCAUCUUCACAAAGAUUUCAACUGACCUCUACUCGGGAGCCCUGUUCGUCAAUGUGUGUCUGGGAUGGAACCUCUACCUGUCAACCGUCCUCAUGCUGGUGGUCACGGCGCUCUACACUAUCGCCGGUGGUCUCGCCGCUGUCAUCUACACAGACACUCUGCAAACAUUGGUGAUGAUUGUAGGGGCAAUUAUUCUCACCAUUACUGCUUUCAACAAGAUCGGCGGCUUCAGUAACCUGGAGAAAGUGUACAGCAUGGCAGUGCCAAGCAAGUCCAUACCCAACAGUACCUGCCACCUGCCUCGACAGGACGCCAUGCAUCUAUUCAGAGACGCUGUCACUGGAGACUUGCCCUGGCCUGGCAUGACGCUGGGGCUCACCAUCCUGGCCACCUGGUACUGGUGCACCGAUCAGGUGAUUGUCCAACGAUCCCUCGCCGCAAAAAACAUGAGCCACGUGAAGGGAGCGUCCAUCCUGGCUGCCUAUCUGAAGAUGCUGCCCUUCAUCUUCAUCAUCCUCCCGGGCAUGAUCAGCCGCGCUCUCUACCCAGACACGGUGGGAUGCGUCGACCCCGAGGAGUGUGUGCGAGUGUGCGGAGCCGAGGUUGGAUGCUCCAACAUUGCCUUCCCCAAACUUGUCAUUGAGCUCAUGCCAAGCGGCCUGCGAGGGCUCAUGAUAUCAGUGAUGAUGGCCGCUCUGAUGUCUUCACUGACCUCCAUCUUCAACAGCAGCUCCACGCUGUUCACUAUGGACAUCUGGAAGAAGCACCGGCCGCGAGCCUCAGAGAGAGAGUUGCUACUGGUCGGCAGGAUCGUGACGGUGAUCUUGGUGGUGGUGAGCGUGGUGUGGAUCCCCAUCUUGCAGUCCGCCAAUAGCGGCCAGCUCUAUGUUUACAUUCAGUCGGUGACCAGCUACCUGGCGCCCCCUGUCACGGCUGUCUUCACUCUGGCUAUCUUCUGGAAGAGAACCAACGAGCAGGGCGCAUUCUGGGGCCUCAUGGUGGGUUUGGUGGUGGGGGUGUGCAGGAUGGUGCUGGAGUUCGCCUUCCCCCCUGCCAGAUGCGGCGUGGUGGACUCGGCGCCUGAGGUUCUACGCCGCGUCCACUACCUCCACUUCGCCAUCUUGCUCUGCGGGCUCACCGCUAUUGUGGUCACCGUGGUGUCGCUGCUUACACCUCCGCCAGGCCACGAGCAGUUGAGGAACCUGACCUGGUGGACGCUGACGGACGAGUCUCCCAGAGAAAUUCCUCUGCAGAAAGUGUCUUCUGUCAGUCACCGUAAUUCUCAAGACUCUGAGCCUGCGCGUCAGAUUCCUUGCAGUCACCGCCUGCGAUUGUGCAUCGCAGCGGUCCGGCGCUUGCAGGAGACUCCCAGAGUUCCGAGCAUCCGCGAGAGCGCCUUCUGGUCGAGGUUCUGCUGCGCGAACGCCCUGCUGUUGGUCAGCGUUAACAUUUUUCUCUAUGCAUACUUCGCCUGAGCUUAAGCGCGUGCGCACAUCCUGCCUCGCCCUGACCUCGCUGGGCACGAGCCAAUGUCUGCAACAGGAACCACAAAGUCUGCGGUCCCCACUCCCUCUGGCCAGAGAGGGGAGGGGACGCAAAUGCGUUGCUUUUUGUUCACGUUAUUCCUAUCAAGGGAGGGAAACGAGUGGGAUUUCACGUGCCUUAAAACAUUCAAGUCAAAGAAAGUGUUAGAUCAGAUAGAUCGAUCGAUAGAUUGGUAUUUUUCUGGCAACUUUUUAUGUGUAUUUAAGCCAUGUGUUUUUGUGUGUUCGUUAGUACGUAUAGGAAGCUAAUCUAAUUACUUAUUCUGCCUUCUCUAGCAGUAUCAUAACUUUGGGAAAAUACAUCCAACGUGUGAUCAAUGUUAGCAACUUCACAGACCUUUAAUAUUUGAUGUUAUUCUCUGCAUUUUCUUUUUGACUUUUUACAUUUUUGUCAUCUGAUCGACAAUUUGUGAGUGUUCCUUUCCAGCGGUUUUGAUGUCUUUUUGUAAAUAUAAUAAUGAGAAUCAUUUUAGCUCUGUAUACAGAGGAAGAGAUUGGUAAUACUAUUAAAUAUUGGGCAAACCUGA